AUGUGGUUAUUCUUAAUAUUCACAUUUAUUACCACCUUUUACAAAAAUGUAACACCUUUGUCGGUAUUCGUAAAGAUUUCAUGGCGAGAUCAAGUUGAAAAUGUUGGGGAUCAUUAUCCCCAUCUGUCCGAUAGAGAGACAGGACGAUUCAAUUUACAAUUGACUAGCAACACUUCGGGGUUUACAAUGGAUGCUGUGACAGAUACAUAUGACACUCAUCACUUCAUACAAGCUGAAAAUGAAGGUGAAGAGUUGAAUGGCAACUAUGAACUUCAUAUCUCAAUCAAUGGGCUUAGUGUGGGUUAUUAUUAAUUAUCUUAAUCUUUAUUAGGUGAUUGUAACUAAGCUAAAAUUUGAAUUGAAGAGGAUGGAAAUAAGAAUUCGGGUUUCAGGAACUGGGGUCUUUAAUGAUGGAGUGGAGGGUGGUCUUUAAUGUUUUAAUGUUUGAUCUUUAAGGUUGUACUAUUAAAGGGAGAGAAAGAGAGAGAUUGCGUCGGUGGAGAGAGGGAAUGUCAUUAACGUGGAGAUAGAGGGGGCCUUUAAUGUUAAAGGAGAGGUUAAAUGAAAGGGAAUGCGUUAAGAGAGAGGGAUCCCUUAAUGUUAAAGGAGAGGUUAAAUGAGAGGGAAUGCGUUAAGAGAGAGGGAUCCCUUAAUGUUAAAAGGUAGGUGAUCUCAUUGAUGGUAAAGAGUUGGGGAGAGGGGGAGGGAGUCAUGAACGUGGAAAGAUGUUACUUAAUGUUAAAGAGGAUGGAUUGUCAGUGACUGUGGAGAGAGAGAGAGAGGCUUUAAAUUUAGAGAGGAGAGGAUGUA